CGGAAAGGAAACAUCACAGCAACAAAGGGCAGGCUGAAGUUUGUUUACCUCCUCCGGUAGAGUUUCCACUCGGACUAUUGAACCACUUUGGAGUAAUUUUUCCUUACUAACUCUGGAAUUUACUCGUUUUAUUCACUUAUUUCUCCUCCACGUAUUUAGUUCUUUUUUUUUGGAAUUUAUUGUUGUCACUUUGGAUUGGUGGACCAUAUUGGAAGUCCUACCUAAUUUUCUUUUCUUUUUGGAGUUGGAGCCAAGUUGUCACCGCAUUAACUGAAAGAUUGCUGUGAUGUGUCAUUGACAUGCACUCUUCAAGACCGCCAAAUCUGCGCGAUGGCUCGACCGAAGUAACGCCAGCGGAGGGGACCGGAGGAGAUCCAGCAUUCUCAGCGCGAACACCACGUUCCUCGAAGCACAGACAGCGGAGCGGAGCGCAGCAGCCGGGCGUCACGGCCGGAGGAGGAGAGGAGCCGGAUUCGGAUUCGCACCCCUGCUCCAUAAAUCCGGCCAGUUUAGAGGUAUUUCGGAGAAGGUCGAUUUUCCGCCCUCCCCGCCGCUCAUCCAGCGGAUACUUCUCCUUUGACUGCGACUCGCUGCCGAGCUCCCCGCUCUCCCCGCACCCUGUGACGGCUGACAAAGCCACGCAGACUGCCAGCCCCACCGGCCAGGUGAUGAACCACGCCCUGCAGCGAAUGGCUGUGGAGCACGGUGGACUCAGGCUGCACGGGCACUCUCUCAACCCCUAUAGCGCGUGGCAGGGAAACGCAGCACGGGACAUGCAGUCAGAAACCUUUGGUCGUCAGCUCCGGGCUAUUGGAGAUGACUACAACAACCACCUGAUGAGAAUGGCGAGAAGACACCAGCAAAAUAUGGUCCCUCUAAACCUGAUGCCACACAUCCAGCAAGAGCCUGUUGCCAUGCUCUGUGUCGGCCUUCUGCUCCUCCUGAUUGGACGAAUAAUGUACUUGCAAGGCAGUACAAACAGCCAUGACCACUCUCAGGCUUAGCCUUGGGAAAACCCAGCAGACGUAGCAUUUUUCUUGAUUAUGUUUUGAACAUAUAUCAGAUCUGGACUCAUUUAUAUAUAUAUACAUAUAUAUAUACACACAUGGGAUGUAAUUUGCUUGUUCCUUCCCCUUUGGAACUUUUUUUUUCUUUUAGGAAGGAACUCUAAAACGUUCAUAUGUUUGAUUUUCCUUAAUGGCCUUCCAGCCUCCAUCAUUCGACCAAAGAGGCGAGAUUUGCACUCCGUUUCUUGAGCAGAGGCAGUCAUUUCAGCUGAAAAAUUAUGCCUGUGGAAAUUCAAACGUGCCUUGUACAGGUGGUUGUUUACUUUAUUUAGAUUGAUUUAAGUUUCUUUUUUACUAUUGUACAGAGAUUAUGUGCUUCCUGGGCAAUCACACGCUGUGACCCGGAGUUGUCAAAGUACAUGGGUGUGAAAUCUUUUUCUUCUCUUUCCACCUUUGAUGCAUUUAAAAUAGAACUCCAGUUACAUUGUUAAAAUCCAGCUGAUUUAUGAACUUUAUGGGAACAGGUGUCACACUAUCUUCCCAAACUACUGUCAUUUUAUAUUUUAUUUCCACAAAAUAUAUCCUUCUGUGCCAACCUUGCAAACUGAUAAAAAUCAAUAACACACCAUCAUUUUUAGCCAGGUGUUCAGCUGUAGUUCUUCUUUGAGCUGUCAUACGAUUCAAAUAAUUCGUGAAAUUGGAUUAAAAGAUGCAGCAAUGAUUCAUUGACUAUUUGAAAAAAAAAAGAUUCUCUACUAGUUUUCAUAAAUUUUUUAAUUCAGUUUUUUUUUACAUUGCAAAUGAUAUCUUUUAUUCAUGUAUGUCAUAACAGAAGUAUUUUAAACAGCAGUUAAAAUUAGUUUUAGCACCAAUUUUAGAUGCAUUACUUCAUGCAAAAAAUGGCAAUAAACAGCAAUUUUAUACUUAGCAUUUUAACAGAGAUUUUGCACCUUUGUUAACUAAAAUCCACCGCUCAGUCAUCCACUGGUUAAUGCAAUAACUGUUACCACACUGCCCAAAAAGCAGAGUGAUGUCGAUGAGCAAAGUAACAAUGAAAAUCAAGUCAGUCAUUAAAACUAGUAAGUAGUGUCAUUUCUUGCUUUGCUGUUUAUUCAUCCAUAAACUUUUCGUGAUCAAAUUUUAUGGUCUUCCAGCAUCUGGUUUUCUCGUUACCAGCCAGGGUGAAAUUAACCAGCGGGUUUUGGUUUGUUGACAAUUUUCCAUUUAUUAGCACAGUGAUUUGGACCGGGCCAAGUCUGCUCAUGCCUGCCAGGUCAUUAAACAGUUGGAGAGGUUUCUGGAUAUCACUCAGGCAUGGCUGAUACAGGAAAAGGAUGUUUUUAUGUCGUUGGAAUGGAUUGUAAUUAGUAACUUAUCUAACAAAGACAAUACAAUGGUUAGAGUAAAAAAAAAAACUAUUUAGCUGUGCACAUUAAAACUUCUACUGUCAUGAAAAAAUACUUUUAGUUUUGAUUAUUUUUGUACAAUUUUCUUUUGGUGGAAAAAUAGUCUUUUCCAUUUAGAUUUUUUGUGCCCUGCUUCAAGAUGUACUGCUAGGAUUUGUUCCUGAAAGUUUCUAAAGUAUCAAUUUUGGAUUUGACAAGGUAAAAUAAUUUAAAUCAACGAACAGCUUAGAUUGGUGCUCAAAGUAUACCAAAGUUUUAAAAAGUCACAGUUUCAAAGCUGGUCAGGUGGUUGAAUAAAAGGCUACUAUCAGGGUUUUUAAACAGUCUAGAUAUAUGUGGAAUCUGAUUAAAAUAUUUUCUAGCUCUGCAUAAGUAUAGAGAAUGAUGGUAUGGAAAAUAUUUGCAUAUCCAGACUUUUCCUCCUAUUAUUGUCUAAGUGUUUCUUUCCAGCCUCUCUCCUUCUCGUCCUUCCUUCUUUCCUUCCUUUCUUUUUUCUUUUGUUCUUCCAUUCUUCCUUUCCUCCUCAAUCCUCCCCAAGCUUCCUUCCUUUCUGUCCUUUUUUCUUUCCUACCUUCCUAAUUUCCUUAUUUCUUCCUUCAUAUCUUUCUGCCCAUUCUUUCCUUUGUUGUUUACUUCCUACCUUUCUUACCAUGUCUCCUUUCCAUCUUUUCUACCAUGAAUUCUUUGUUACAUUUCUCUCAUUUUUGUUCUUAGUAGAAACAUAACUGCAGUAAAUUAAUGGUAAACGUUUAUACUUUUAAAAAUGGGUCAUAAAUUGACUUAAAUCUAUUCUAGAUUCUGGAUGGACCAUUUUGGAGUUUAUACAUGAAAAAUGUAGGAUUUGCACUUUUAUGAUAAGUACAAAUUGGGCUACAAUAUUUUGGGUCAUGCAAAAUUAAUCAGUCAUGCUGUGAAAACUAUUACUCUUACACUGUUUUAAAAUAUUUGUGUAAAAUAAUAUGAUACUGUGAAUCUGUGGUAUUUUCACUCAAAGGUAUCAUACUAUGUGACUCUCAAACCAGCCCAAGCCUAGUUGAUAAUCAUCAGUGAAAUCUCACUCUCUUUAGCUUCAUCAGCUUCACAUCCAGAUAAUGAAACAGUAGCAGGUACCUGCUGCUGAGUUGGUACGUGAUUGUAAUGAAGAGCUAGUAUAGGCACACAUUUGUAAAAAUGAACUCAUUCUUUUUAAAAGCCCAUUGAUGCAGUGUUAACUCAGACUUUAGAUGCUUUAGAUGAUAAUUUAGUUCUAUUUUCUUUGACUGCAGUGUCAGAACCUGCAAGCAGUUUGGCUAAGAUGUAUAAAGGUUAGGUCAUAAAUAAAAACUGUUUCCCAGUCAAAAAUCUUUCUUUUCAAACGUUCUCUUAAUGUAAUUUGCAUGAUGUUUCAGCCAAUGUAAGUUAAAAGGCAAAGAUCUGUAGAAUUACCAGUGGCGGGUAAGAUUACAUAUGUUUUUCUAAAGUCUUUAUUAAGUACCUGCCUUUAACAAAUUUGAAAGGACAAUAAAAUCACAGCUUACACAUGUAAGACAGCAUCAGUGCGUUAGCUAAAUUCCCCUAGCACAGUCUGACUGUGAUACUAUUUUCUUUUUAUUAAAUAGGCUUCUAAAUGUAUACUGCAAUAGUAACGUCUAUUAGCAUUGUUUGAAAUUAGUUUAAAAAUUUGUAAAUUCUUGUCUGAUUUCAUCUAAAUAGUUUUUGACAUUCAUGAAUCACACUAAGUUUUUUUGUAUGUUGGAGAGAUGUAUUCCUUGCCGUGUAAAUAUUCUGAUUAGUUCAAGCGUUUUUUUUUUCCAUUACAAAUGCAGCAUGCUUGUCUUCCUUCCUUUUUCAGUGUUUAGCUUUGCUUCUCCUUCACUGUGACACCGAGAGCGCUGUGACUGCAUGUUGAUUUCUGAUAUUGUGCCAUAUGAAACCUACAACCUCAUUUUGAAAUACUGUGUUACAGCCGGCGUGUGAGAGAGGAGCAUUUCAGGGAGGAAACCGAAAGACGAUUUACUGCUUUCUGAAACUGAUAUGGAAACCUUGUAAUGAGCAUAUUGUUCGUAUGUCUUCGGAAGGUGUUUGAGCACAGAAACACUUUUCUGAGUGUGUGUGUGUGUGUGUGUGUUACAUUCAGGGUUUUAUUGACUUGCAUCAAGCGCUGCUGGAAUGACUGUGUCAAAUUGUGUUGACCAUUUCGGUUUGUUUUGGCUUCAGGAUAUUUUAAAAUCCACAGCCUUUUGCAGGUAAAUACUUGUUAACAAGCAGGAACACAACAGAUUAUUUCAUUGAAAAACAAAUUAACAGAUAAAACACAGGAAGCUUGUGUGACCCAGAGACACUGCAGUGUGCUUUGCUUUUGCUGAAAAUGCUGUAAAUGCUUCUAUUGAACCUUAAAUGUACAGGAGUCAAAACAGAAAAGAAUGACUCCAGAUGACCCAGUUCAAGUGUAGCAACCAGUACUUUUUGUUUAUAUUGCAAACUGUAAUACAAUUUCAAUUUCUUACAAUUUCUGUCCUGGAAACAAUGCUUUUACAACUUUGUACAUUAAAAGAAAUAAAUCA